UCAGCUCUGUUCUGUCAGUCAGAUAUGGCUCGUCGGCCAAAAAAGUCGACGCUGAUGCUGGCGGUAACGAUCGUUACGCUCAGCUUAGCGAGCUUAGUGAAUCGGUGUUCUGGUGGCGCAAGUAGCAGCAGCAGCGAGCUCGACGAUCUUAACGCGGAUGAAAGCAGAAAUUAUCGCGAGUUGUUGAAUAUUCCGAAAUUUGGCGACCGGUUAGCGCCCCGCAAUCGACCUCACGUGGAAGAUGGAGGUGCCGCGAUCGUGAGUGCCGUUGGGCCGUCGGUGGCCAACGCGAGUGGAAACAAGUUCCGACGACAACCGGGACCCGGGAAUCCGUAUCCCGGGAUGACCUAUCGGAACGCGGGAAGAUUCGGUGUCGGUGUGGCAAAUGUGGUAACUGGUGGUAGUGCAAGCGCCAAUCAUGAAGAGCUACACACGUUGGUAAAUAAUGAUCACGACAUCAAGCGAAGUGACGUCCUGGUGGCUAGCGUUACCCAGAAUUUGGAGGAUACAAAUACUAGCAGUGACUACUACGCGGGGCCCGAAGAAGAACAAGACGAACCCGAUCAAGAAGAAGGCGAGGAUGAAGGUGAAGAUGAAGAUUUCGAAGAAGUCGAAGAACAGAAUCAUUUCGAUGUGCAGGGAAGAAGUGCUAAGAGUAGUGGUGAAGAAGAGCAGCAUGUAUUGCUGGAGAGUGCUAAUAUUAGGGAUAACAGCUUGGCACUGCUGGUCGGCCAGCAGAAUGUCAGCAGCAGCAGUAGUGCUGGUGUGAAUGCGUCCUCAGCGCAGGCACAUCGACUAGAAAUGUCCACCGAGUUUUUCGUAGUGCCAUCGACCGCGUCUCCCGCUGCAUCCCGUUCGACGACCGUGCGUCCUGGUGGCGUAAUCUUGGCGGCUCGCAAUCCAACGAGCCACCACAACAGCAACAGCAAUACCCAUAAGCUAAAUGUCACACCACCGACCAUAGUCUCCACCAGCUAUCCGAGUGGACUGCGGAAGGAACCCUGGGUGGUGCCAGUUCUGGUACUUGCUUGCCUGUCGAUGAUCAUGAUGGCUGCCUUCGAGAUAUUCGUUCUCUGCAAAGCCUGGCGUACAUCUCCCAGCCGACGCCACCUAUUUCUCGGCCAAAUGCUUCUCCUGGGACUGUUCUCCUGCUCCGGCCUAGCAGCAGUCCUUACCAUCAAUCCAACCAUCCUUUCCUGUGCAACGAUGCGCUUCGGCGCGGGAGUUGCUUUCGCCCUUGUAUUCGCCUCCCUCCUGGUCAAAUGCGUCUUCUUGAUCAGUCUCAACGGCGGAGUGUAUCUUCCAGCGCCUUACCAAGGGCUUCUACUCCUCUUCGCUGUCCUGAUCCAGGUGGCCGUUGGUGCCCAAUGGCUGCUAACCUCACCUCCGAGCGUUGACCAGGUUCCCAUCUCUGGUGGUACCGCAGUUUCCAGCCGGUACCACCUGCUCCUCACCGCCGGAGACCUAACCCACGUCAAUCCCACCAUCCCGCUCUGUCACACAUCAUUCUCCGAGCUGCUCCUAUCGCUGAUCUAUGUGGUAUUCCUGAUCAUCUUCGUCGCAAUUUUGGCAAUCAAAUCGCGGGGCAUUCGGGACAAUUACCGAGAAGCAACCUACAUCGGUCUGGCCGUUGGCGGAAUCAUCCCCAUCUGGCUGGGAUGGACCUUGUGCGGUUUGGCCGUGGCCGAUCGGCAUCGUGACGCGUGCCUUGCCUUCGGACUAGUGGCAACGGCUUCGACAGUGUUCUUGGUGAUGUUUAUGCCCAAAGGGCGCCAGCUGGCGGCCAUGGGCAAGGAAGGCCUGUACGUGGAAGACCGCGAAGAGCGGUUCAGUUCGCUGAGCCGUGCCGGAUCCGGCUACUCGCCGUCCUUCUUCCACUUCAAACCGAUCAAGUACGGGGUCAUGGGGGCCUCUCCGACGAUGCAGACCAACAAUGGGACCGUGGUGGGCACGACGACCACUUCCAAACACCAGGCGGUCGCGACACUGGGCGGAGAUCGUGUUGCACUGGUUUCGGCGGCACCCCCGAGCUACACGCCACGCAUGUAUCAUUACUUUCCAGCACACAUGACACAUCCCUUCUGUUACUAUCCCCCGCAGCAGGCACGGUAUCCAGGUCUAUUCAUGCGUCCGGACGAGGCCAAUCUCUACACCACCCUGGAGCAAACGAUGAGCAGCAAUCCGAACGUGUACUUCCAACGGGGCGGCGGGGUCCAUCCGGGAAUGAUGUACUAGUAUCAGAAGCAGAAGACGAUGGUUCCUACAAUACAAAACGAA